CCUAAUUCCACUACCAUACACUAUUUUCCAUAUAUUUCUCUCAUACUGAAGGAUGACUGCUGCAUUGUCGACAGAUGCCUGGCGGCUGCUGGUUGAGGCCGAAAUAGACACGGUUGUGCGGGAGCUACGCAAGAAUGCGCUCCGCUGGCCCGGGCUCCACCAGGCCCUACACAAGUCAAAGCUAGAACCACCCUCUGCCCCGGGCACGGACAGCACAGUAUGGACCAGCGCCAAAAUCAAGCAGUACAUGGACGAAUUUAACAGCCGACGCAGCUUCGGCAAGGCUGGCGCAAGCAUUGGCAUGGCGGCAUUUGGAGCCAGGGACGACGACAGCGAAGACGAUGCAUAUGCAGUUAGCCGGAUCAUGAUGCUCGAGUCGUUCCUGCUCUUGCGCGAGGCAAUCAAUGGCAGUCAGUUGCUCGAUCCGUUCCUGCUGGUGAUUCGCGACGCAGAGACAACCGGGCCAAUUACGCGCUGCACUCUGGUCAGCGUGCAGCGGUUUCUGGCCCACGGGAUCAUUGACUUUGGCCGCUCGGCAGCAGCGCCCGUGUUCCUGGAGCUAGCUCGUGCGGUAACGCAGUGUCGGUUCGAGGCAACCGAUGCAGCAUCUGACGAGGCUGUAUUGAUGCAGAUCCUGAAUGUGCUCAGUGCCGUUAUCAUGGAGACGGUGCUGAGCAUGAGCUGCCAGAUGCGCCUCAGUGAGAUGCUGCGCAAGGCUGCCGAAUCAACGCUAUUUACGCUGGUUACGUUUGUAUUUGGCAAGCUCAACACUAUGCUGGGCGAUGGCGAGGAGAGCCGUACUGAGGCUGAGGAUUUGGCCAUGAUCAUGCCCUCCGCGUCAGCUAUGCUGUCGACAGGCCCCUCCAACCCACCAGCGACAUCGGCUCCUGUGUCGAUCCAUGAACCUGAGAACGAAGAUGAAAACGGAAGCGAAAGCGCUGAGGAUCCGGUCGUGCGUGCUGACUCUGCGCCUGAUCUGACAGCUGCCGCUGAAGAGCUCGCGCUUACCAGCUUCUCGCUGCCAGCGAUCCGCGAACUGUACCGUGUGCUAGUCACGCUUGUGAACCCACGCGAUCUGCAGUACACAGACUCGAUGCGGCUGCUGGCGCUCAAUACGCUGCAGGUGGCAUUCCAGACGGCUGGGGGAGCCAUGGCAACCUUUGCGACGCUGCGUGAGCUGACUCUGGGCGACCUGAGCCACUAUUUGCUGCUUGUCCUCCAGCGCGACCAGUCAGUAUUGAUUGCACCGGCGCUGCGUGUGCUUUUUCUGCUGUUUGCUUCGCAUAGACGCGAUACCAAGGGCAUCUGGAACUGUUUUUGUGCCAGACAUUUGGUCCGCAUCAUGUCGCCACCAGUGAUUGAGCGCCAAGGCAGCCGGGCGAAUUUGCGGAAUGGUGGGACAGCGACUCCUGGAUCUGGCCGUGCUACGCCCAAGCUUGAGAGCAAACGCGAGGACGAUGUCGGCCUGGGGAUCUCGGAGACAGCAUCUAAACAGCCACAUACUGAGAAGACACAUCGUCGCAGCUCAGUUAGCACAUUCAGCGCACCUGAAUUGCUUGAGAACGAAUAUCCGCUGUCUUUUGACCAGGAAGUCGAGCUCUACAAGGAGACCUCGCUGCGCAAGGGUGUCCGUGGCCGCAUUGCGAUGCACGAGACGCGUCGCCAGCUGCUCGAGGGCCUGCAUCAUCUACUGACUGGAGACGAGUCGCUGAUUACCGGACCUCGCGCUGUUCCUUGGCCCGAGAGCCCCGAUGACUCUGAGGACGAGGCGUUCUUGGAUAUCAUGCUGUUCUUCCUGAUCCGUAUCGCCAAUCGGGCUGGUGUUAAGCCGCCGCAUGGAAAGUGGGCGCAGCUGCUUGGCCUUCCUGCUGGUGCUGAUGAAGGCUGCGGCAAACCAGCGGAUAUCCAGGGUGCUUACCGCGAGCAGACCGCAUGCUACGAAUCUGCAGCUGACAUUCCGCUGAGCAUGGCGCAGCUGCAGGACCGCAAGAAGCACAAGGAAACCAUGACGCGCGCUGCGCAGCUUUUCAACGAGAAGCCCAAGGACGGGAUCGCAUACCUGCAAAAGGUCGGCACGCCGACGCUUGACAAGAAGCUGCUGGGCGAGUUCCUGGCCAAGCCAUCGAACCUGGAGGUGUUGCAGUCAUACAUCCAAUUGUUUGACUUUUCAGGUCGCCGGCUCGACGAGGCUCUGCGCAGCAUGCUGGGCACAUUCAGACUGCCUGGCGAGUCGCAGCAGAUCGAGCGGAUCAUGGAGACGUUUGCUGCAGCAUACUCAGCCAGCGACCCAGCAGACGUGGCCAACAAGGACGCGGGAUUUAUUCUGUCGUACGCUGUGAUUAUGCUCAACGUCGACCAGCACUCGGUGAAGGUCAAGAACCGCAUGCGCUUCGAGGACUUUGCGCGGAACCUGCGCGGUGUCAACGAUGGGCAGGAUUUCCGCACCGGGUUCCUGACCGACGUCUACAAUGCGAUCCGCGACCGCGAGAUCAUCUUCCCCGAAGAGCACGAGGGCGAGGCCGGCUUUGACUAUGCGUGGCGUGAAAUAUCCUCGGAUGACUCGACUGUGGGGCCGUGGGUGACUACGCGUGGCCGCACGGCCCAGUACGACCGCGGUGUGCUUGCAGCUACCUGGCCGCGGACUGCUGCCGACCACACACUGCGCCUCGCCUUGUCGGGAUUACAUGCUUUGGUGGCCAGCGCCGCGCACUACAGGCUAGGCGCCUGCGUCGACGAGUCUCUGCGACUGAUGGCGCAGCUGACCGGUCUCCUCGAUCCCUCAUUGCAUAGCGAUCUGAUGGCACCGCAGGUGCUGACCCAGGCCAAUGGUCGCUUUGCCAUUGUCGAUCCUGAGUCGCCAGCAUCAGCCAUCGGUACCAUUGCUGAAGGGUUUGCUGGCUCGGAGCAGGUGGCCAGGCUGCGCGAGCAAGAGGAUAAGGAUUGGCAGCUGACGCAUAUCGCGCUGGUAUCGCUGUUUGAGUUUGCGGCGCUGUGGCCGACCGAGAUUGGCGAGCAAGGGUGGGCAGAUAUCUUGGAGAUUGAGCGCAUAGUCAUCGAUGCUGAUCUGCUGCCGCACGAUCUGCUUGGCAUUGGCGACCUGCUUGUCGGCAAUAUGUGGGUUCCGCGCAUCUCUACAGUACUGGCCAGGGAUGCUGCCAAGGAGCGCAUGCGCGCGAGGCAGUCCAGCAGAGCCGGUGCGCACCAGGCAGCGCAGCCUACAGGCGGUCUGUUCUCGGCCUUGACAUCGUUCUUGGGCGGUGCGGGACCCAAUGACCAGGCGCAGACCAUGGGCCCGCGUCGCGAGCUCCGGUGGCGUUGGCGCGAGCAGCCCGAGGUGCUGGUUGAGCUGGUCCGCCGCAGCAAGCUCGCAGUCCAGGCCACUGCGGUCGAUAGGCUUCCGCUGCCCACGCCACCAGGCACGCCCAUCGAUGACACGGCCAAGUCUGGUGGAGAGAAGCCAGCAGCUGCGGGGUCGCCUGGGCGCAAUGACCCAACCGGUGGCGCCGUGGCGGACGAGAUCGAGAUAAACUACUCGCCAGCUUCGGUGUUCUUCUUUGAGGCAUCGCCUGCGCGGGCGCCACUUCCACUGCAGCGCACGCUUGAGGCAUCCGACACGUUAUACCAUUUUGCGCUGGAGCGGCUUGUCAGCGGGCUUCUGCGUAUGGCCAUCAGUGCACUCGAUCUGAGCACCAAGCAGGAGGCCAACGGGACGCCACUGAUGGAUGUUGUUGAGCGCAUUCUCCGGUGUAUCGGGCUGCUGCGCGAUGCCCAGGACGCGACAUUCGACAGCGUCGUACCAGAGCUGGUGACUGGUAUUGCGAAGCUCGUUGAUACUGAUGGGCAUGCCCUAAUUGCAGGCUCGACGAGCUGGGAGAUUGUGCGGCAGCUAAUCAAGCGCGUUGCGCGCACCAAUAGCAGCACCUCGGAUAUCAACCGCCAGGCGCUGUCAGUGCUGGUUGAGAUUGUGAUUCUGAUCAGAAGCGGGGCUGUCGAGCUAUCAGUGUACUUUGCUGAUGUGCUGGACAUCCUGUCUGCGUUUAUGCCUGCCGAUCCUAAGCCAUCAGGCGAGACAUCCCAGCAGCUUUCGGCAGCCGAUGUUGCGAUGAAGCUUGAGACUGCGAGGACGCAGCCAAAGACCACCAAUGCAGCAAUGUCGCCCAGUAUGGCAGCUUCGCCGCAUAUGGCGUCUGCAUCCCACCAGCACGCUUUUGGCGAGCAUUCGGUCACAUCGCAUGCGACGCCGGGCAAAAUGACCCCAAUGGCCAUGUGGAUUGCUGCUAUGAACUCAAUGGCUGCGUAUGCGUGCACAGCACACCGCGACAUCCGCCAUCUGGCAUGCACCAAUGUCCAGCGGGCCAUCUCGGCGCAUUCCGACCCAGAUGCUGCCUGGGCUGCCGCGACGUUCCACCGCAUCCUGCUUCCGCUCAUGGACACGCUGCUCCGGCCGGAUCUGCUAGCGGACCAGGCGAUGGAGGACACGCACGCCCGCUGCAUUUCCAUGCUGGCAAUGUACUUUUUGCACAACGCUGCUGGUCUACAGCAGCUUGCGGGUACUGAGGGGGCAGCCCCAGGGUCACCGCGCAGUACCGCAGAGCAUGCUGUCGACCAAGGCACUGGCAGUGAAGCAGCAGUGCUGCCGCUUGACCAGGUAUGGCUGCGAUUGGUCGGUGUUCUGGGCACAUAUAUCCACACCAGCAACCUGGCGAGCUCGAGGCUGCAUCUGCGACGGACACAGCCCGGACCGCGGCGUGGACACCUGGGGGUGCUGGCGGAGCUGGCGGAAGAGAAUAUCAAGAACUGUGUGCUUGUUCUCGACACAAUGGGGCUAUUCGGCACGGACCGCGAGUCAAGCCCAUUGUGGACUGCGUCAUGGGACCGUCUGGACAAGGUCAGUCCGCAGCUCAAGGCGCACAUUUUCCCAUCUGCUGCCGACAAUACUGAGCAGGUGACUCUUGCCAACAAUGCCCAGGCUGCCGAGACUGGUCAGGAGCCGCUGUUCACCGAGGGUGCUGUGCCUGAAUUUCCUGCACCGCUGCCUGAUCAGCUGCCAGCGAGCGAUGCCGGAAAUCCUGCACCGGACCAGGUGAGCGACCAGACGGCACACGCAGCGACCAGACAAGAAGAAUCAGCCGAGAAAACUGAGCCCAAGCCCGCACCUGGUGUCGCCCCACCACAGCAGCAGCAAAAACAGCCGCCCGUGAAGCCAGCCCGGCAUGCACGCAAAAAUAUCAUCAUCGUCCCAGAGUGAUAUCCCGGCUCGGGGGGAACCCGACAGGCUGUUUGCGCUCACAAUCUCGAUAGUCGCAUUUUGGCUUUAUUUUUAGAAUACAAGUCCGUUUGGCUUGUCGGAUAUGGCAAGGCACAUGCUGCAUUCCCCGGUGUGCUGCACGCGGACAGGGUAUGAGGGAAUGUAGACAUCACAGGCACAUGGGAACCACAUUCCCUUUCUUUUGUCUGCCUUUUGCCGGCAACAGCGGUCCAUGACCCAGGCAAUUAAUGCAGCACCCAAUUAAUUUCUUGC